GGUUUCUCCCGGGUGGAGAGAAAAGCGAAGAGGCCUCAGCUCCUCUCUUCUUCGCGUACAAGAAUUGCGCUUUUUGACCCCGCAGUGGUCUGUUUUCGUCGUGCGAUCGCGGCCGUAGGAUGGCGAUGUCGGCGGCGAACAUCGGGAUGAUGGACGGCGCGUACUUCGUGGGGAGGAGCGAGAUCCUCUCCUGGAUCAACGCCACGCUGCAGCUCAGCCUCGCCAAGGUCGAGGAGGCUGCAUCGGGUGCCGUCCAAUGCCAAAUGAUGGAUAUGGUUCAUCCAGGAGUUGUACCGAUGCACAAGGUGAAUUUCGACGCUAAAACAGAGUACGAGAUGAUUCAGAACUACAAAGUUCUUCAAGAUGUGUUCACCAGGUUGAAGAUUGAGAAGCACAUCGAGGUCAACAAGCUUGUAAAAGGACGUCCUCUGGACAACUUGGAGUUUCUACAAUGGCUGAAACGUUACUGUGAUUCUGUAAAUGGGGGAAUAAUGAACGAGAACUACAAUCCUGUGGAGAGAAGGUGCAAAGGAGGCAAAGAGCGGAACUUGAAAGCUUCUCACAAAUCCUCCAAGUCACUGCAAGUUAAUAGCUUAUCAAGUCGUAUUUCUGUAGAUGGAGGUUGCAUUAAUUCUUCUGGUCCCAAACAAGGAAGGAUCUCCAUGGAAGAAAAUUCUGCACAAAUUGUUGAACUGACAGAGAAGAUUGCAGAUCUAAAACUUUCUGUUGACAAUACGGAGAAAGAAAGAGACUUUUAUUUUGCAAAACUGCGGGAUAUUGAGAUACUCUGCCAAAGGCCUGAACUGGAGCAUCUACCGAUGACUAAAGCAAUCCGGAAGAUUCUGUAUGCUGCUGAUGUGAAAGACUCCCCUCUACCUGAAGCUUGUGAAAUUAUUAACAGAUCGCCUGGUUUAUUUCCGGAAGAGACGGAGUGAACGCUGCAUCACAGUCUUAGCCUCAGCUCCAUGCCUAUGACUUACUGCUUCUCAAACUUUGUUUCUUGAGAGCGAUUCCCCGAUUUAGUAAUGCUAAGCACUAACAAUUAGAAGAGAUGAAACUUAAAAUUGGUUUAUGUGGUAGACAUUAAAUUCUUCCUGCUGCUGCUUCGGGAAGAAGUGAGGCUUUAUUCAACCAUUUGCAGGGGUUUCUAUGUUCUCUGUUUCGCACCAACCAAAGUUGUAAUGCAGGUCAGGGCGGAGAUUAUAAUUUGCUUGAUGGUUGAAUUUAUGAAAGUCUGCUUGUUUAUAUAUAUAAAGGGAAAAAGUUUGGGCUUUACCAUUCCUGA